AUGGCUGCUGCUGUGUUAGGGAUUUUUGAACACUUGCAGCCAGGAAUUCCAGGUGCCUGUGCCCGUUACUACUUUGGGGACUGUUCAAAAGGGUACCCUUGUCAGCUGCAUGAUGCACUUAUGCAGUCCUUGAUAAGGGUUAACAAUGCUCUGACUGAAUUACAAGCAUCAAUUGAAAAUCAACCAAUCAAAGUCAGCCAACUUUCACAGCUUAAAGGAGGCUCUUUGAGGUUGGAAGCAAACUCUAUAUUGGCAGCAAACUGGCUUAUGACAUUUUUGGGAACAUGGGGACCUAGGGUAGAUCCAGAUUUCACUCCAAGGUCUCAAUUGUACAAGGUUGUCUUGAAAGGUCUACCCAGGGGUAUCUUUGAUAAAAAUAAACAUCAUCUGAUUGACAAGAUUUGUGAUUCCAACAAUAUUGACCCAAGAAACAUUGACCAAUUGCACUAUUCUAGGUGUGCAGGUGGGAAUUCAAUGAUCAUAUGUACAUAUUCUCAAGAGAUUGCUAAAUCAAUAGAGCAGAAGGGUCUCAAAAUUGAAAAAUCAUUGAUUAAGUGCCACAGAUAUAUAAAGAUUAAUGAGCAAUGUGAAAAGUGUUUGAAGAUUGGCCAUCAUUACUACUGGUGCAAAUUCAAUACAAUUUGUGAGAGGUGUGGUGGAGGACAUUGGAGUCAUACUUGUAAAGGCCAGGCAUCAGGUAAAUGUCAUGUGUGCUUAACAGAACGGUCAUCAAGCUCUACUCAACCACUUGACAUCAACAGUCUAGAAUUCAACCAUUCAGCAUACAGUAAUAAAUGCCCCACAAAAUUGGAAGCUAUUCAGAAAUAUAAUGACAUAAAAAUCAGAUUUGAAGCUGAAAUUUUGAAGGCUAAAAAAUCCUGA